AUGGACUUCUCCCCUCAGCAGAACGGCAUGUACGACCCGUCGAGCUUCAUCGACCCGAGCGCGACGAUCGCAAACCCCCAGAUGAACGGCGCGCGCGGAUUUCCAAUGAAUUCCCUGCCACAGAAACGCGAUUCGAAUUCUAAUGUGCUGUCGCGUUCUCAGACACCGUCGCAACAACCCCAAUUCGGCUUUCAGCAGCAGCAAGGCUUCACGCAUACCCCGUCGCCGACCAUGCAGAACCAGAACUUCGUGCCUGGGCAGAUGGGGCAGCAGCGCAUGCAGACAUCGUCGCCCGCGCAAAACCCCCACGCGCCGCAAAUGUCUCCCAUGGGCUUCCAGGGCAAUGCGAUGAACCAGGGCUUCAAUCCGAACGCUGGCGGCCAGUUUCCUGUACAAUCAGUGCAGUUGUCCCAGAACCUUCAAGAGCGACAGCUGCAGGCGCAGAGGCAAUAUGCCAUGCGGCUACAGCAACAAGCACAACAGCAGCAACACCAGCAGCAACAACACCAGCAACAACAGCAACACCAGCACCAGCAGCACCAGCAGCAGCAAAUGGGUGGUGCCAUGGGGAACCUGGCGGCGGCCAACAUGGCUGCGCAACAGCGGCAUCAGUCGGGACAAAUGCCUCGCGCGAUGCAACAUCCUGGCAUGCAGCCAAACCCGAUGCAAGCGCAACAAGCACAACAGGCGCAGCAAGCGCAGGCCGCACAACAGAAUCCUCAGGUUGUGCUGCAGCAUUUCACAAAGAAUGUAGGUGCGCUUAUGACUCAGCACCAACGACCUUUCAAUCCUUCCCCUCAGGUCGCUGGCCGCGUGAUCAAUCUUCAGAACCUCUAUAGGAUAGUGAUGCAGUUCAAGGGUUACCGAUACGUAACGCAGUCGCAAGGCUGGCCGCGGGUUGCGCAGAUGAUGCAGAUACCCCCACAGCAGUUUCCAACGGCCCCAGAAGAGCUUCGUAUUGCGUACGAGCAGAACCUGGGUCUCUACGAACAGGCUUAUAUUCAAAGGCAAAACCAGCUGAAGGGCGUAAUGCCUGGGCAGGGCCAGAUGGGGGGUGCAAUGGGUCCACAAAUGUCUCCGACAAGACCAGCGAUGCCAGGCGCACCACCAAAUGCAGCACAACAAGAGUAUCUUCAACAAUUACAGAGGACAAAGGAGGCUAUGCAGCAACAGCAACAACAAAGACAAUCGAUGCCACCGACCCCACAGCAGCCCCAAUUUAGUGCUACACCUGCACCGCAACAGUCGACACCCAUACAGAACAAUGCCUCUCUUCCCGAUCUCAACGGCCGGAGCACCCCUCAAACGGAUGGAAAUGCGCGGAAAAGCAUGAGCCGGCAGCUCGAAGAGACCCCUGUCCAAGGUCAGGAGCCUACUAAUGCACUAGCAACCCCAGACAAGCCUGAACCAGUUGCUACCCCGGCACCGGCGGCGAUAGAGGUUGUUGAAAAGCGACAACCAGUGAUUGAGCAGGACGACGGCACGCGCGUCUAUCAGCCAGCGUACCGGACGCAGGAUACUUGGGGCGGCUUAGACUUUGACUCCGACAACUUCAAGAACAUGAUCGAGAUGAUUGUCAACUACAAACCGAACGUUCCACUGUUACAUGAAGCAGGCGUCAUAGAUAUACGAGCUCUGACUAUGAGUCUUCGGUCUGGACUGCAUGCAGAAACAAGACUUGCGCUGGACACUCUAUCGAAAAUCACAUACGACAACAAUGUUCAGUUGGAUCUUGGGCAAUGCGAAGAUCUGGUAGACGUUUUGGUCGAAUUUGCAGAGGAACAGCUGGAAGUUCUCGGAAACGACAAUCCCGAGGUCACUGACAUCCUGGAUCUUACGCCAUACGAGGACGUGAUGCACAACUGCCGGACGGAAGCCGCAACUCUACAGGAACUUCCAGAAGUAGGGACAAAAGAGCACACUCUGGAUCGAACGGCCGACCGGCUACUGGCCAUCACAACCACAUUCCGCAAUCUUUCCUUCCUCGAGGUCAACCACCUGUCAUUGGUGAGCCCUACAGUACUGAAGUUCCUAUCCAACUUCAUACGGCUAGUUGGCACCCGCGUACUACUCUUGCGAUCGCAUAUCAACACCUUUGACUUCAUGAAGGAUCUCGUCACCCUCUUCUCCAACACAAGUGCAAAGAUCACCUUGCCUUCGCGCGAGGAUGCUUACGCUGUGCUACACUUCCUCUGCGCCUUCGCUCCAGUGCCCCGCCCUGGCAGCCCGGUCAAAUUUACUCCUUUUAAUCCGCAUAUACACCGCUACCUUCCUUCUGCAGUCGAUAGCCUGGCCAAACUCCUCGCUCGCGACGACCCCAACAGGACAUACUAUAAGCAGAUCUUCGUCAACGAAGCAACUGCAAGCCCACCUUACGACCUCCUGACGCGAGCAUUCGCCUUGGCGAUAUCCGUUGUACCUGACCGCAGCUACGUUGAGAACAAGAUGUAUCAAAUGAAAGAAGCGCGUCCCAAGGAGGUCCGCAUGUUCGAGGCGCGCAUCGCAGAGUCACGUAAAGCAUAUUUGAUGCAGGGCAUGCUCGCAGCCGACAUUCUCGCCAGCUUAGCACCUGGACCUGAGAGCGGUGUCUGCCGCUCUUGGCUCGAAGCUGAGGAUGGCUGGGCAAACAGCCUGCUCAAGUUCGCCAUGUCUCUCUCCGCCACUGAUGCCGCGAUCCAACCUACGCCUCCACCGCCAGCCCACCGGGGCCAACGGCCGAUGGAGCCCGACCGUGAAGGCUUUCAGCUUAUUGUGCACCGUGCACUGUCCACAUUGAAGCGUCUGGGGGACAAGUCGAAGGGCAGCGAUGCACCAGUCAAGAGUGCACAAAUGAACGGUACUCCAAGCCACGACGAAGAAGAGGACGACGACGAGGACGACGACAUGGAAGUGUUCAAUUUCAAUGGCACAACCUGGAAAGUCAAAGCGGACUUCCUUCCACGCCGAGAGACGAUGCUUGGUGCAUUACUCACAUCCAACUUGGACGUCAGGAGUUUGAAUCAAUUUUGCAAGAUCGGGUAUCUGGACGAGUGA